AUGACUGCUAAAGCAGGCCAAGAAAGCCAAUAUCAUCUGUCUCAAACCGAGAUUGACCACUUUAUGCGACAUGGCUACGUCCGCAUCCCCAACUGUUUCACACGAGAAAAGGCAGCCGAGUGGACGGCCGACGUCUGGACCCGGCUAGGCUACUCUUCGACCGACAAAUCGACCUGGGCUGCUGAGCGGAUUCAUAUGCCUGAACAUAAAUGGGAACCAGUGCAGACCUUCGCCCCCAAAGCCUGGGCCGCCAUUUGCGAACUGCUUGGCGGCGAGGAUCGUGUGGCGGUAGAUUCGGCCGUCUGGAACGACGCCUUCAUUGUCAACUUGGGCACCCCCGAGUCCGAGGGUAAUUGGACACCGGCAGCCGAGCUGGAUAAUUGGCACGUUGACGGCGACUUUUUCAUUCAUUUCCUCGAUUCGCCUGAGCAGGGAUUACUGGUCAUCCCCCUGUUUAGUGACAUCCAGGAACACGCUGGUGGAACAAUGGUUUGCUCGGACGCGAUUGGAAAAGUGGCCCAGCAUUUGUACAGACAUUCAGAGGGAGUUUCUCCAUACAUGGUGCCUCGAGGCCAACCAGAUGAUCAAACCGGUGCCUUCUAUGACACUGUUCUCGAGCAGUGCCAUGAAUUCCAUGAGAUGACCGGCAAAAUCGGGGAUGUGGUGCUUCUUCAUCCACUCAUGCUUCACUCCGCUUCGGUCAAUAGUCUGAGAAUUCCCCGAAUUAUCACGAACCCUCCAGUCUCACUCAAACAGCCUUUCAAUUUCGACCGUCCCGACCCUAGCCAGUAUAGUAUCGUCGAAAAGAAGACCCUCCACGAGCUCGGAAAGCCCCGACUGCAAGGUUGGAAGAUUCGAGGUGGAAGGGCUGGGGUUGUUCCUGCACGACUCCAAGCACAAGAGCAAAUGAAGCAGAAAGAACUAGAACGACUUAAGACAAUCGCUGGAGCAAAAAAUUGA